GCUCCUCCGUGAGUCCAGUGUUUAAGAAAGGAUUUUUUGAGUUGUGCUCAGCUGUUCCUUGAUCCCAGCUCUUUUUCCAUGCUCUUCUAAGAAUCCAGAACUCCAUGAAACAACUUGAGUUGCAAACCCAUCUUGUCCCAACACCUCCCACUCCCCCAGGUUGCUCCAAGCCUGACCUAGGACAACUGCAAGGACGAGACAAUGACUUUUUCUCUGGGAAUCCCAUUCCAGCUCCUCCAGCUGGAAACUCCAUCCCAUUCCCCAACCCGUUUUUCCAUCCCUAUCAUUUCGUGGAUGACCCCAGUGAUUUUUUUUUUUCCCCUUUUCCCAGGUUUCUGGGCUGACAGGACACCAGUGCACGAGGCUGCCAGGAGCGGGGAGAUCGUGCAGCUGCGGCAGCUGAUCGAGAGCGGCGCCUGCGUCAACGCCGUCACCUACGACUCCAUCACCCCCCUGCACGAGGCCAGCCUCAGGGGACAGGCCCAGUGUGUCAAACUCCUGCUGGAUGCAGGGGCUCAGGUGGACGCCAGGAACAUCGACGGCAGCACUCCGCUGUGCGACGCCUGCGCCUCGGGCAGCAUCGAGUGCGUCAAGGUGCUGCUGUCCCACGGAGCCAAGGUCAACCCGCCCCUCUACACCGCCUCCCCUCUGCACGAAGCCUGCAUGAACGGCAGCUCAGAGUGUGUGCAGCUGCUCAUCGACGUGGGUGCCAACCUGGAGGCUCAUGAUUGUCACUUUGGGACCCCCCUGCACGUGGCCUGUGCCAGGGAACACCUGGAUUGUGCCAAGCUGCUCCUCCAGGCAGGAGCCAACGUGAACGCGGCCAAGCUGCACGAGACGGCGCUGCACCACGCGGCCAAGGUGCGCAACGCGGCGCUGGUGGAGCUGCUGGUGCAGUUCGGGGGCAACAUCUACGCGCGGGACAACCGCGGCAAGAAACCCUCGGACUACAGCUGGAGCAGCAGCGCCACCGCGCGGUGCCUGGAGUACUACGAGAAGACCCCGCUGAGCCUGGCGCAGCUGUGCCGCCUCUCGGUGCGCAGAGCUGCCGGGCACCGCGGCCUGGACAAGAUCUCCCGGCUGCAGAUCCCCCCCCGACUCAUCCAGUACCUGUCCUACAACUGAGGGAGCCAGGAAACACCUGGGAUUGCCAGGAAACACCUGGGAUUGCCAGGAAACACCUGGGAUUGCCAGGAAAACCCUGGAAUUCCCAGGGAAAAAUUCCCAGGAAACACCCUGGGAUUCCCAGGAAAAAACCCUGGAAUUCCCAGGACAAACCCCUGGAAUUUCUGGGUAAACCCCUUGGAAUUCACAGGAAAACCCCAGAAUUCUCAGGAAAAACCCUGGAAUUCCCAGGGAAAGACCCCUGGAGUUCCCAGGAAAAAACCCUGGAAUUCCUGGGGAAAAAUUCCCAGGAAAACCCCCUGGGAUUCCCAGGAAAACCCCCUGGAAUUUCCAGGAAAACCCUGGGAUUGCCAGGAAAUCCCUGGGAUUGCCAGGAAAAACCCCUGGAAUUUCCAGGAAAAC